CGCGCCUCGCCAUCGCCUCGCCAUGGCGACGGCCGCGCGCAGCAGCAGCAGCAGGCUCCUCGUCUCCUCCGCGCUGCUGCUCCUCCUCCUCCCGGCGCCGCAGCCCGCGGCCGCCGACGGCGCCACGUACCCGGCCGACUGCCCCUACCCGUGCCUCCCGCCGCCCGCGGCGCCCGCCGUGACCGCCAACUGCCCGCCGCCGCCGCCGUCCUCGUCGUCCUCGUACGCGUACCCGCCGCCGGCCCCGUCGUCGUCGUCCUGGAGCUACCCGCCGCCGCCGGGGGGCUACAUUCCCUACUACCAGCCUCCCGCGGGAGGAGGCGGCGGUGGCGGUGGCGGGGGUGGCGGAGGCGGGGGGUCCGUGUACCCGGGGCCGCCGCCGCCAAACCCCAUCCUGCCGUGGUACCCCUGGUAUUACAGGACGCCGCCGCCGGCGUCGGCCGCGUCGUCGGCGAGGGGGCGCUCUGCCCUUGCCGCGGCGGCACUCUUAGCUGCCGCCGGCCUGCUGAUCAUGGUUUAGCUUUAGCGGGCACUUGGUCCCCAUUUUGCUUCUCCUCCGAUCCCCAGGUUCCUUCUUCUUUGUCAAUUUAUUUAUCAUUCGGCAGGAUUCAGAAAUAUAUAAGAUGCAACAUUAAUUAUAUUACUGUGUACUACUAGUAUCAGCUAAAAAUUGCUAUAGUAUAACGCUAUUUAUUUCUUCUUGAUCA